UUUGCCAAUUCAUUGCACUUGAGACCGCAUUAGUCUGCCUGAGUAUAUGGGCCUCUUGUUUUGUUUUCGCCUCGUUGUCAGGACCAGUGUUUCUGUGCCACCACAGCUACUAUAAGUCAAGUCUUGUUUUUGCCUAGAAUUAAUUCAACCACGUUUUCAUGUUUUUGGAUCUUCCCUGUUGCCUUGUGUUUUUGUGGCUCUCGCCCUUGUCUUGGCGGCGACCGACACAUGCCUGCCCCUUGCCGCUGUCUCGGCGGUGACCGACCCGCGCCCGCCCCUCGCCCAAGUAUCGCUAGCGACCGAUCCAUAGCCGCCCCUCACAUGAGCCUUGUUGGUGACCGAUCAACGGGCACCUCUCAGCCAAAGCCUUGGCGGCGACUGACCCCAGGCCGCCUCUCGCCCACCCCUCUGCAGCCCUCGAUCCACAGCGGCCUUUCGCCCAAGCCUUGGCAGCCCUCCACCAGCGUUAGCAGCCGCCGCCUUUCGACGACGCCUCGCCGGGGCUUCGUCCUCAGCGGUCAUCUGUUCCUGCUUUGCCAAUGGUUUCCCCCACGUGGACGUCAGCCUGAGUUGCCCCAUAGGGACCCUGGUGCUUGGCAUCCUAGCCGACCUCACUUUGGGUGGUCUGGGUGGCCACUAGAGAGACUGGGGUGGGGGUUUGUGUCCUCCUCCAGGCCCCCUUCCCCCUUCCCCUGUUCAUUUUUUUUGUUUGUUUUUGUCUCGUCUGGUAACCACGCCAGGGAAGGGGCUCAGUCAGGGGUGUGGCCACGGCACUGCCCUGGGCUGAGCUGCUUCUGGCAACAGCCCCACACUUGAACCGUAUUGACACUAAUUGGGCCAGGCAUACAAGCAUCGAGUUUGUCACUGUCAUUUGCCAGUUUGUUUUGCUUGAGACUGGAUUAGUCUGCCCCUGCGAUUGGCUGGCAACCAGUUCAGGGUGUACCCCACCUCCUCCUGCCCGUUGAUAGCUGGCAUAGGCUCCACCACUCCCGCGACCCUUGUGAGGAUAAGCGGCUAAGAAAAUGGAUGGAUAAUAGAAACAGCUCUCAUCACAGAGGUUGAAGAUGCAAUAACGUUUGCGUCAGUUGAACUCUACGUCUCAUUGAUGCCAAGGGCUGCUACAGUGAAACUCAUCCACUGAUUGGAGCCAUCUUCUAUCAAGUACCAUUCCCCAUCUGUGGCUUCCCAAUGCUGCACCUGUGAGAGACCUUUGGUAGCUGAGGGUAAAGUCACUUACAGAGACACUGAACUGUUUAAGUAAAGGUUGAACAGUUCUCUGCUUUGCCUGUGGUAUGAGACAGUGGACAUUUUAAGACUUUCUGACAUGACCUAAACAAUUCAUAAAUGCUCUGAAGGUGUGAUUCUUCCCUUCAUUUGUUUGGAAAUGAAAUUGCUGGUUAAAGGGGGACUUUGAUGGUAUAUUUCAUAAUUUUGAAAAUGACAUAUGUUAUGGUAUUUAUCAGCUUUUGAUGUGUUCAUUAGGUGUAAACUGAUUUAUGGUUUACCGUAUUUUAAAAUCUGCAUAGAAACAAUUUAAAACCUCUACUUAUCCGAUUGAGCCCAGAUAAGACACUCCAAAGCCAUUUUUUUUAUACCAACAGUGGGUUAAACAAUAUAAAAAUGGCAACAGGUUCUGAAAACUCAAAAGUCAAAACUCAACUGAUAAGGUCCAGCUCCCGUGAGCGAACCUUAACAGCAAAAGGCCAAGAGUUGCAAAUGGAGGAACAAAGGAUAAGGAAGAAAGCUUUCAACAGUGCAUACGAGGCUUUGAGACUUGAAGCUAAGGAGAUAAGAACCAAAUUGAAGACUUUCUGCUUAGAAGAGGAUCUUGAGGAAAUGCAAAGAAAAGUUAAAGCCAAACAUGACAGUGUGCCAGCAUUAUGAGUCAAUCAAACUCAAUCUCACAAGCACUCCAGACGUUGUCAAGAAAAUGGAUGCAUGCAGUACCUUAUCUGAGAUUUUUGGCCUUGUUAAUAAACGAAUGGAGAGUGUUGGGCAAGCAGUUACUUUCAAUGAUUGUCUUGAGAAGGAAAGAGUAAGGAUGCAGUUAAGUAAAAGAGAAUAUGGAUCUGUUUUUGGAAGAGCCAACACAGAAACAGAGGUUUCAUCGUUUAAAGUAGGAGAUGACAGAGUGAGCGCCAUCUCCAGGUCUUCCAGUAAACGAGCUGAUGCAGAGGCUGACCUUGCUGCCAAAGUGGAACGAUUAAAAGCUAUCCAAACAUGUAAAUGUUCAACAAGCAAAGCUGGAGAAACUGGAGACUGACUGGAAACUAAAGGAAACAGAAAUGAUGGCAGAAUUCAAACAAAAGGAGGCUGAAAUGAAAUCAAAGUUGGAUAAGGAGAAAUCAAAGUUAGAGCAGCUGCAAGCUGACAGUGAAGUCAAGGUGGCAGAGGCACGUGUGAAAGCCUAUAACCAGUUUGAUGCAUCUGGAGACUUUAUUGAAGUGACUGAGAAGGUCCCAUUCGGCAGUCUUAACACAGAGUACAAACCUCUAAGUCCACAAGCUACACCUUUUGUGCCUCAACAUGAAAGGCCAACUCAUGGAGUUUAUGCCGCUUACCUGUCCCAGAACCAUCAAUUUUUAUACGCGACCCCUUAAAGUUCAUAGACUUCAAGGUAUCUUUUAAGGCCCUGAUCGAUCAGAAGCCCCUCCCAGUGAGUGAGAAAAUGAUCUAUAUGAAGAGUUAUUUAGCAGGAGAGGCACGUAAGGCUGAGGAAGGUUUCUUUUACCGCAACUCAGAGAUGCAUACUGUGGUGCCUGGGCUGUUUUAGAGAACCGGUAUGGCAGUUCUUUUAUAGUCCAAAGAGCAUUCAGAGAGAGAUUCAUUAAUUGGGCUAAGAUAGCCAACAACAACCCAAGAGCACUAAGAGUUUGCAGAUUUUCUUCAAGGCUGCGCUGAAGCUAUUCUCAUGUUAAAGGCUUGUCCAUCCUCAACGACUGUGAAGAAAAUCACAAACUUCUCAAGAAACUGCCUGAGUGGCUGUGGCACAGAUGGAGUCGAAGUGUUGAGGAGUUGGAUCGAUCCAGUGACUAUCCAAGCUUCCUACAAUUCAAAAAAAUUAAUGCAAAAGAAAGCCAGAAUUGUUUGUAAUCCAAUCGCUUCCCCUUUUAUGAUAAAUAUAAGAACAAGUGAUGAAGGGUUACCAAAUAAGGCCAAAGCAUUCAACACCAACACCCAAAUGAAAGGCUCUAAUUCAGCAACACCAGAAAGCUCUAAGUCAAAGCAGUCAUAUUUAGUCUGUAAAAGUGAAGUACAUGGUACUGCUGACUGCCCAGACUUUGCAUCAAAAACCAUGUAUGACAAAAGAGCCUUCAUUUAUCAACAUCAUUUGUGCUUUGGAUGCUUACGGAUUGGGCACAAUGCCAGGGAUUGUAGAAGACGACAAACCUGUAGCACAUGUGGUAGACGUCAUCCCACCUGCUUACAUCAAGAACAUUUGAGAUCAGCAGAAAUGACAAGUAAUGACUCUGUUGCCACAGGGGGCCAUGUAGACAAAGAAGUCCAUAAAGUUAUGUCCCAUGCCUUGUCUCAACAUGCAUUCGCCAUAUCCAGUAUCGUUCCUGUCUUUGUGUCCUCACCAACUGAACCCGGGAGAGAGAUACUCACCUAUGGUCUUUUCGAAACACAGAGCGACUCCACAUUUAUUCUGGAAGAUUUACUUCGAGAACUGAAUGUGGGAAAGCAGCCGGUCCAGCUUAAACUAAGCACAAUGACAGCUGUCAUCAUAGCCAGUAACACCACUAGUGGUUUUAAAGUACGGGGAUUUAACUCUGAAGUCCAAAUACAACAGGCUUAUACAUGUGACUUCAUACCAAUGGACAAAUCCCACAUCCCUGUCAAAACCACCGCACUUCAGUGGCCUCACCUCAGCCAUCUAGCUAAAAAGUUACCACCGCUUCAAGAUUCUGAGGUGGGACUCCUUAUCGGCUAUGAUUGCCCAUCGGCUUUAGCUCCCCUUGAGGUUAUUAUGGGUGGUGGAAAUGAACCCUUUGUUCAACGGACUAUUCUCGGCUGGAGCAUCAUAGGGUCAGCCAACCCUCACCUGGAUAGACGGGGGAGCCGUACUUUUCUGCAUCGUGUUUCAGUUAAAGAACAGCCUGUGCCCACUGUUAUGGAUGUGUUAAAGGUUCUGGAGUCAGACUUCAAUGAAAAGAGCCAUGAGGACAAGUAUGUGUCUCAAGAUGAUGUUCGGUUCAUACAUCUUCUGAGUGAUAAUAUCAAGCAAGAAGAGGAUGGACACUAUCAGAUGCCCCUCCCUUUUAGAAAUAGCCCACUAACUCUGCCAAACAAUAAAAGGCUAGCUGAUGUUAGGCUGCAACAUCUGAAAAGGAAGUUAUCUGUCAAUAAGCAUUAUCAUGACCAAUACACUGCCUUCAUGGAUGAGAUAAUUAGCAGAGGUGAUACAGAGCCAGCCCCUGCAGUUUUGGAGGGAGAAACUGCAUGGUACAUUCCCCACCAUGGGGUGUACCACCCAAGGAAGCCAAAUAAGCUAAGAGUUGUGUUCGAUUGCUCAGCAAUGUUUAAAGGCAUCUCUCUAAAUGACACCUUACUUAUGGGCCCUGAUUUAAUUAAUUCACUGGUCACAUCAAUAUAAAGGACCACCUGCCAACGUGCUGUGGGAUCCUGUCAGUCGUAGCCUCCUUGUACGAUCCACUGGGAUUUAUGGCCCCUUUCACUCUGACCGGAAAGUGCAUCUUACAGGAGCUGUGUCACAAAGGCAUCGGACGGGAUGAACCAAUACCUGACCAUUUGAGUUUACGAUGGGACAAGUGGAAAAAUGACCUUAAAACACUGAAGGACAUAACUAUACAAAGAUGUUACCACCCUUCACACUUUGGUAACAUUAUAAGCACUGAAUUACACCAUUUUUCUGAUCCUAGUUGUACAGGAUAUGGGUCCUGCUCCUAACUGAGGUACAAGAACGAUGAAAAUGAGAUUCAUUGUAGUUUGGUUAUGGCCAAGGCGAGGGUCGCACCCUAAAAGAUUACAAGCGUCCCAAGAUUGCAACUUGCAGCUGCAGUAACUUCAGCCAGGAUGAGUGCCAUGCUGAAGGAAGAGCUUCAGCUGGAAAUAGAAAGGGAAUGCUUUUGGACUGACUCUCAAGUUGUGUUGGCAUACAUAAAUAAUGAAACACGAAGGUUCCACAUGUUUGUCGCAAAUAGAGUUCAACUCAUCAGAGAGAAAACUGAUCCAAAUAAUUGGUACUACGUCGAUACAACUCAAAACCCUGCUGACUUUGCUUCCAGGGGACUUGGUGCUGCAGAUAUCUCCUCAUUUGGCUGGUUGUCUGGUCCUAAAUGUCUAUGGGAACCAGAGGUACUUCAAACAUCUAAACCCUCUAUUGAGCUCUUGGUUGGUGACCCCGAGGUCAAGUCUGUUCAUGUGUCUGCAACUCAAGUAAAUACACAGGCAGAUAUCCUGGGUCGACUGGAGAGGUUUUCUUUCAAAGUUGCUUGAACCCUUAACUCCAAACCAUCUUCUCCUGAUGAACCCUAAAAUUGCUAUACCACCCCCGGGGAACUUUGUGAAGGAGGAUUUGUAUGCCUCCAAAAGAUGGCGUCGCGUGCAAUAUUUAACAGAGCAGUUCUGGGUCAGAUGGAGAAAGGAAUACCUCCUGAACCUCACCUUGAGACAAAAACGGCACAUUCCUCGGCGCAACCUAAACGUUAAUGACAUUGUCAUUGUCAAGGAGGAUACUGUCCCAAGAAAUGAAUGGCUCUUGGCUCUAGUGGUUGAAACUAUAGUUGGGCCGGAUGGAUUGGUGCGUUGGGUCAAGGUUAGAGUUGGAGAGCGCAAGUCAGCCAUAGAAAAGCACUCGCCCUCAAAGCCCUCAAUCAUUGUACGGCCUAUUUAAAAAAGUAGUACUUUUACUUGAAGGUAUUUGAGAUAACAACUCCUAUCAGACCUAAUAUUGAUCCGUUACAUUGUGACCUAAAUCAAGUUUGUUGCCAUCAGUAAAAUCAUAUAUCGUUAUUUGUCUUUGUUUUGUUUAAUCAUAUUAUGAUUUGGUGGGAGUAUUAGUGGCCAGUUGAGUAAAGUGAAUAAACUAUUCAUGUUCUGGGGUGAUCCACAAACAAGCUGAUUCCCUGUGCUGAUUGCCACACCUGUCUUGGUUUGCCAUACUUACCUGGGUGAUCACACAGAGUGGAGGUUAUGUGGAGUAGAGCAAAGAAGCAGAUUUGGGCCAGACGCUUGUGGCCUUCAUUAUGUCAUUGAAGAGUUUGCACCCUUGGUAGGCGGAGCGAGAUUGAGAAUGCUACAUCACAGCAUGGGGCUACAAGAUUCCAUCUGGUCCAUCAAAAAUGAGCCGGUCUUUCAGUUGCUUCAUUAACAGGUUUAAUUGGACGACACGUGUCAAUUCCUUCCUCUGCAACACAAACAUUAUCAGUAAAUCUGACCAGCAUGUCGCAGGUCUCAGAGUAUGUUUCACACUUGAAACCUCUGAAUGCUCCAUUACAAAAAUCAGCCCUUGAGGCAUUGAACCUGCUGACUUUUGUGUGGUUAAUAAGACAUGACAAGUUUGCCACAAUGUCCUGGAGUGUCAUGGUAAUCUCCUCGCUGCAAAGAUGAUUGUGAUUGGUGUACAUUCCAGACAGUCUAGAAUUUGCUACCUUUACAAAAAGUAAUGUAAAUGCCAAAAAUACUGUGGAGUAAAACCAAACAACAGGAAUAUGCUCAUUUUACUCUGCUGGAUGUUGGAAAUUCUCCACACUGACUGCAAGGAACUCCUCCACCUCAUCCUUCGCAUGUGGUGAAACCAGGGCUGUGUAUCUGCUGUUGAAAUAUUAACAUUAAAACAUUUAAAUACGUUAAAUAUUUUCCUCAUCAUGUGAAUGACAGAAAAAUGAUUUUUUUUUUCCAGUUUAUUUACCCAUAGAAAGUAAGAUUGACUGGAUUUGUUUCAGGCAGGUCAACAUCUUCAGCGUCAGAUAUUUCAGAUCUGAAAAACAAAUUAAAAUGUGUAAUGAAAUGUACUGUAUGUGAAAUAAUGUAUUGAAAUGUAUGAAAUAUUAGUGGUGAAAAUUAGACAUUACCUGGGCAGGCUCAAUUGUUGAUGAAGGUCCCUGUCUCUCUCUGAAACAUUAUUCAAGUGAUCUCAUUCUUCCGCCUAUUGUUCUCAAAUGAGCACAUUCCUCCGCCGAUUGUUCUAGUAUUAAUAUAUGAGGUUAUGCAAAAUGGUAAAACAUUGUGAAUACCACCAAAAAAUGAUUGUUGCAUAUGAUUACACAGAACCUACAACCAACUAUAUACAACCAAGUGUAUAUCAAUGUAAUUUUUUUUUUACGAUUUGGUUAAUUCAAUACUUAAAGGAACACUUUGUUGAAACUAAUAGGAAUGGGAGCACACAUUAA